AUGGCAGCACUUCAAGGAUGUCAUUGUACUGCAUACUUUUUGACGAUUGGAUGGCUCGUGUACAGGAUAGGCGCAUUCAACGCUAUGUAUGUGGAGGAAAGAACGAGUGAAUAUAGUCGCCCUUCUUACACCUGGUUUGAUCCCCCAAAGCGACUCAAAAAGGUCACUGUUGAUCUUGCCAAGACCAUGUCCAUGCCCUUGGAGCUGACAGCAGCAAACGAUGCACGUCGAUUUCUAUUGCGGUGGAUCAAGAUGCAAAAGACUCAUGGACAUGCCUUGUUGAUCUCUCCUCAGAAGGCGGCGAUCGAGCCCUACUGCAAGGCCAACCCCAAUGUUGAAAUGACGACAAGCGAUAUCGUUGCCCUGUUGACGCUUGUACCACCCCAACUGCAUAACAACAGUGACCAGGACAGCAAUCCUAUGAUGCAAAGCAAUGAGCAAGAACUACUGGAAAAGGAAGCAAGACGUUAUCGUCGAUCCAUUCAGCUUACGCGUAGCAUUCGACGAUCUGAGCACAAUUUGACAUCUUUGACACGUGAGAAUGAGGACCGUAUCGUGCAACUCCAAAGCCGUGUCGAUGAUAUGAACUCUGAAGUGGCUCGUCAGAAGCAUGAAAUCCAAGAAUACAAGAAAAAGGAAAGCACAAGCCUACAGCAAAUUGAUGCGCUUGAGGCGCAUAUUGCAUCCAUUGAAAGCACUGAGACCAACCAGAAAAUGAUGUACCGAUCCAUGAAGAAAUUAUACAAUGAAAAGUGCCUGGAAGCACGAGAAUUACAUGAUAUGCUGCAUCAAAAAGCACGCGUAUUGGAAGAAACAGAGCGGCUAUGUCAAUCCAUCAACAAUGAAUUCCACCAUCUCAAGUAUGAAAAGAGCAAAUUAUUGGCUAUGCAAAGCACCCUCGAACGAGAACUUGCGACUUCUCGAUACACCCAUGUACAGCUAGAAGAACAACGCAAUGAAAAUCAGCGGCUUAAAGAGAUCAUCGGUGGACUCCAAUCCAAUCUACUGCAGGCAGAUCAAGAUAAUGACCAACAACUUUUACGAUACGAUGAUGGGUUGGAUUACGCGAUGAAUGAUAAUACUAGUGGUGGAGCUAUGGAGGAUAUAAGCCAAGUGAGACAAGAGUUAACGCAGCUCAAGUAUGCAUUGGAUCAAGAGAAUAUGUCACUUGCAGCAGAAUUGUUACGGUUUGAUGCGUUUGACAACCCCACAGAGACCUGCCGAGAUGUAUGUGAUGGCCAUAAAAUGCCCACGGCUAUUUCCUCAGCACACCAAGAGACAUUCAACAACAAGGACACAACAGCACUUACAAACACGGCAACCACUUUUGCUUUGUACACGCUAUUGGUUUACAUUUUCGGCAUUGUCACCUCUACGUUUCUUUUGGAGAACGCUGCCGGUUCAAGUAGUGGGUUGGAAGCAUUCAUGACAAUGGCAUCAUCAUCACAAGCAGUGCCAGGGUCUUCUUUUGCAACGAACAAGCUAUUAGAAGUAAUAUUGUAUUGGAUCGAGAAGAUUGUGUUCGAGAAACGGGUGAUGGCUAAUUAA